UGCGCUAACGCACUCGGGUUAUUUACAUCCCUGUUUCUUGCGGCUGGACGCGUGCAUAUUUUUUGUUGGCAACCAAUUAAUCAAAUUAUUGCAAGCCGCGCGAAGUUACCGAAGACUAGCGAUUAAAUACACAUAUUGCCAAUUGAACAAAGUUUUAUUUAGUGUUACCGCUGUCGUUGGCGCUGUGGCAUUUGGAAUAUGAGUGAUACGCGAUCUUGUGCGUCAACUGAAAGCGUCGAAGGAGUCCAACGAGAAGUGCCUGCCAGGCGACGUUGAGAUAGUGAAGGAGUCGGAGAAGGAGAAAAAGAAACUCCAAUAGCACCAGGAGAAGGAGCUACAACAAUUGAUUGGUUUAUCAAAACAACAGGAUGCCUGAGACACUGCCAGCAACGGCAACGGUGAGCGCCAGCAGCAUCGAUUGCACAGUUGCUGUGCUGAAGGUGCCCACGCCUACCAUGCAAAUGCCUGAGGCGUGCAAUCUGCAGAGCUUGGGCCUCAUAAUGGAGCCGAACAACAUUAAUAUCGAACUAAAUCCUGCGGCAACAACGUCUGGCUUUAAGUUCGCCACUGGAAGAGAUCACAGUGGAAAGGGCAUUCCCGAAACGAUAUCAGCUGUUUAUUUCAUAAAGUACAUUGUUCAAAUUACAUACUCAUCAAUUUUACUAAGUCAUGGACUUAAUUAG